CUGCUGGGGUCUUCUGGUGGAGGGAACCCUUUGGGAUUCCCAACCUGACAGUCAUGGUCUGGUGGGGAUUCCUUGGCUGGUGGGGCUUUGAGGGGUAUCUGGGGUCCCUGGCCAGGGACUCUGGGGUUUAGGUCCCAGGGAAUAUCUGGUUGGCCCCUGGCUGUGGGAGCUUCUACUAACCUUGAUCCUUCUCUCUGAUCAACUCGUGCCAGAGUCCUGGCUCCAAGCACUGCCCGGCAUUCCCCAGUCACGUGCCCUGUCACUGGGAUAACUUUCUGUCCACUUAUCAAACACUGCUGUGAAAUAAUGUCCAUGUUUCGCUCCAGUUCAUCCCGUCCUCUCGUUGGACAGGGGAGAGAAAUGGCUACAGAGGAGCCAGUUCAGGGGCCGGUGACCUUCGAGGAGGUGGCUGUGUAUUUCACCAGGGAAGAGGGGACUCUGCUGGAUCCCACUCAGAGAGCCCUCUACAGAGAUGUCAUGCAGGAGAAUUAUGAGAAUGUGACUGCACUGGGGUUUCCAGUUCCCAAACCUCAUAUAAUCUCCCAGCUGGAACAAGGAGAAGAGCCAUGGGUCCCAGACCUCCAGGGUUCAGAGGAAAGAUGGAUCCUGAGAGCCCCCUGCACAGCAGGUGAUGCAAUGGUAGGUAAGAAAGAGGAGCAGAAUUUUCAGCAGGAAAAUGUCGAGCAAGUGGAUAAACACAGAGCAUUUUCGCAAAGAUCGAAAAGGAAUGUGUCCAGGAGUCAUGACCAGGGAAACUCCUUUGAGAUUCAGCACAGAACAGAAAGAGAGCAGGGAAACCAGCCAGGAGAGAGAAUGGGUAAAUAUAUUUUCUGCUGGGGAAUUCAGAAGAGCAUCAAAGAAACCACAGCACAGCAGGAAAUCCUCAUGAGAAAGAAGAAAAAUACAUGUUGUGAGUGCGGGAAAAGCUUCUCUAGCAGCUCAAACCUUUCUCAACAUCAGAGAAUCCACACAGGGGAGAGGCCCUAUGAAUGCUGUGAAUGUGGGAAAACCUUCUAUCACAGAUCAACCCUUUCUAGACAUGAGAGAAUACACACAGGGGAGAGGCCCUAUGAAUGCCGUGAGUGUGGGAAAAGCUUCACUCAGAGAUUAACCCUUUCUAGACAUGAGAGAAUCCACACAGGGGAGAGGCCCUAUGAAUGCCAUGAGUGUGGGAAAACUUUCACUUCCAAAUCAAGUCUUGUUCAUCAUAAGAGAAUCCACACAGGCGAGAGGCCCUUUGAAUGCCGUGAGUGUGGGCAAACCUUCAUUCACAGAUCAGACCUUUCUAAACAUCAGAGAAUCCACACAGGGAAGAGGCCCUAUGAAUGCCGUGAGUGUGGGAAAACUUUCACUUCCAAAUCAAGUCUUGUUCAUCAUAAGAGAAUCCACACAGGCGAGAGGCCCUUUGAAUGCCGUGAGUGUGGGAAAACCUUCCCUCACAGAUCAGCCCUUUCUCAACAUCAAAGAAUCCACACAGGGGAGAGGCCCUAUGAAUGCCUUGAGUGUGGGAAAAGCUUCACUCAAAGAUCAACCCUUUCUCAACAUCAGAGAAUCCACACAGGGGAGAGGCCCUAUGAAUGCCAUGAGUGUGGGAAAACCUUCAAUCGCAGCUCAAACCUUAUUACCCAUCAGAGGAUCCACACAGGGCAGAGGCCCUAUGAAUGCCGGGAGUGUGGGAAAAGCUUCCUUCACAGCUUUCACCUUUCUAGACAUCAGAGAAUCCACACAGGUAUGAGACCCAGUGGAAGCAGUGAGUGUGGGAAAACCUCGUCUUGCCAUUGAGCCCAUCAGAGCCGU